CACCGCUGUCGACGGCUGUAGUGAAGAAACAGAGAACGCGUGAGCAUAGAGCAGAGUGGCUUGGAAUAAGGACAUAAAAGGCGUAGGUGCGAAUAAGCAUUGGGCAGGUAUUUCCAGUCGAUGCUGGAUAAAGGUUGCAUGUGUAGGUUGCGGAGCUCUUCAGUGUAAAAUUCUUAAACUUCGACUGCGAGAACAGAUGAGAUGUGGUGACUGACAACGAGCGAGCUAUAAUUUGACAGUUUGCAGUCAUUCCCAAAGGAAUGUUGUGGUUGACGCUGUUGCUGCGACACAGUGUGACAAUUUUAAGGAUCACCGAUUACAGCAGACUGUAAUGGAUUUGCAUGACGUCUUACGUUUGGAUGUUAUCUCGUUGGCACGACACUGACUGCGCACGCUUAUUAUGGAUGUGUGUCUGUGAAGAGUAACUUACUUUCUCUGGCAGGUAGACUCCCAUCGCAUAUUGACUGGGAAAGUUUGUGGGACGGUGACUUAUAUUCGUCUGUCAAAACGUGUCCCUUGGUACCAGGCUGACUUCGGCAAGUUGAAAGGGAGAAUUAAUUAAAGUGAACCAUUAUGGGACAUCGGAGUGCUGUGCCGUGAGGAUGAACCACCGCAGCAGUCCCGCAAAGGCUUACGAUUUCCUAUUGAAGUUUUUGCUGGUUGGAGACAGCGAUGUGGGGAAGGGGGAGAUUUUGGCGAGUCUUCAGGAUGGAGCCAGCGAAUCCCCUUAUGGCUACAACAUGGGAAUCGAUUACAAGACAACCACCAUUCUCCUGGACGGACGGAGGGUUAAAUUACAGCUCUGGGACACUUCUGGCCAAGGCAGGUUCUGCACCAUAUUCCGGUCCUAUUCCAGAGGAGCUCAGGGCGUAAUCCUUGUGUAUGACAUCACAAAUCGUUGGUCCUUUGAUGGCAUCGACAGAUGGAUCAAAGAAAUUAAUGAGCAUGCUCCUGGUGUGCCCAAAAUCCUGGUGGGGAACCGCCUGCACCUGGCCUACAAGCGCCAAGUGACCACGGAACAAGCCCAGGUGUAUGCAGAGCGCCUGGGAAUGACUUUCUUUGAGGUCAGCCCUCUCUGCAACUUCAACAUCACAGAGUCCUUCACGGAGCUAGCCCGCAUUGUGCUCAUGCGGCACGGCAUGGAGCGCCUCUGGAGGCCCAACAGAGUAUUGAGCCUGCAGGACCUCUGUUGCCGCUCCAUCGUCUCCUGCACACCUGUACAUCUGGUGGACAAGCUGCCGCUUCCCAUCGCCUUAAAAAGCCACCUGAAAUCCUUCUCUAUGGCCAACGGGCUGAAUGCCAGAAUGAUGCACGGCCGCUCAUAUUCGGUCACGGCCAACAGCACCAACAAGAGGAACAGCCUGAAGAAAUCCAAGCCCGUCCGUCCGCCACAGAGCCCUUCUCAAAGCUGUGCGAGGAACAGCUGUAAGAUCUCAUAGGAAUGAGUGGUGCUGCCUUCACCUAAACUGUGUGCUUUCCUGGGUCGGCCUCGUUGGAGCCUUGCUCUGUGCAUCUACUAGCAGGAGCGAAGGAGACGGAGAGAGCAGCCUGCAGCUUGGGUUAUCGCUUUUCCAGAAGCUGCUGCUAGGUUCACGUAAAAAGGAGCGAGAGAAUUCUGCUUUGGGAAUAAGCUCUUUGACGAAACCCUAAAGUUAACAAAAUUGCUGGCAAGCUGAAAUCACAUUGCAGUUUUGCUUCAAAACCUGGUCUGAGCCACUGUUUGUGGUUUUUUUGCUGAAUAAGAAUACAUCAAUAUUUAAACAUGUUCUAAAUUUGUGGCCUGGAUUCUGAAAGCUGCAAGCUGGACAAGAGAGUGAAUAUCAUUAUACACCACAAAUCAUUUUAAUGUUUUGCUAUUGCACAGAAUAUCAGGAUAUCUCGUAGAUAAACACUAUAAUGUCAGGCUUGGAAAUGUUUCAAGAGUCCAUGAGAAGGUGAGAUUAACACAGAUGAUGACCACUGAAGGACAUUGCAGCUAUUUAAAUAUGUAUUUCAUAUGUACAAUAUUGUUUGAUACUAUUGUGUUUUUAUUGUUUGGUUUGUAUGAGUUUUCUUCAAAAAAAUGUAGAGUGACAAUAAUAAUAAUUCAAAGAGGAAAAUACCAAAGACGUUGAAGGUGGAAAAAAGAUGGCGACUGCAGGAAUGACGUUUUGUAAUUUAAAGCUUCUGAUUUCCAAUAAACUCUGCUAACGGGAAAA